AUGUCCGCAUUCAACACCCCAUAUACCGACUCCAUUCCGCCGUCAUUUGACCUCGAAUAUGCUACUCCCGUGCCCUCAACACUCACCGACCACAACAAUGCAAGCCAAGCGGAGUCGCAUCUCAGUCCUCCUGUGAAUAUUUCUUCGCUCUCCCAAACAAACUCCCACCGAGUCAGCAAAGCUAUGAAGGGCAAGCGAGUCCAUGCAUGCGAGCGCCCCGGAUGUCCGAAGGUCUUUACCAGAGCCGAACACCGCAGACGACAUGAGCUCAGCCACGAGCCUAGAAAGCAAUAUCCUUGCACAUACGAAGGGUGCAAAAAGGCAUUCCAUCGCCCGGAUUACUUGACUCAGCACCUGAGUCGGCAUGCGAAUUCAGCACCAAAGGAAAAUAAAUCAUACGCUCGAAGCGACACAUCAAAUCGUCGGUCAAGCCUACAACAACAGAUGCAGUCGCAACCAGCCAACUCACCUCCUAUUCCAUUCCAAGCGGAUCCUACCGACAAUUAUGCUGGCGUGUGGGGAAGCAUGGAUUCCUCCAUGUCAUGUCCCCAGUAUGCCAGGGGCCAGAGCCAGUCUUCCGCAUCCGUUGAUGACCACCCAUCGCCAUAUUCCUAUACGAACGAUAUCUGCAGCUCGCCCGUCGCAAGCGACUCCUUUGCGAACCCCCAAUACCCCACUACGGGCAUGCCGGCGGAGAUGGUGACUGCCAUCGAUCAAUAUCUGCGGAGCAUCUUGAAGCCUGAAGCCUUUUCAUCACCCCACCAGCAGAUGAACCCCGCGAUCUGGAACUCCGAUAUUGAGAUCGAUCCUACGUUGACAAAGAUCGAGAGCCCAGACCAACUACCACUCUAUUCAUGGCCUCCCCCCCACCACUUGCAAUACGAGGAUCAUCCAGUGCAGAUGAACCUCCCAUCCGACAACCGCUGA